GAUGUCGUUUUCUUCUUCCGCUUCUGAAUUCCUCGAUCCUUGACUGAUUUCUUUUGGCGCAGAGUGUAACCAAAUCCGUGCUCCUGAUGCUGGUCCAAGAGCAGGUUUGAUAGAUUCUGAUUGAAAGAAGCAGAGAGUAUGGGGGUGAGUCUGGAGGGUAAAAGAGUGAUUCUGGUGCCAUACAUGGAAGCACACGUCCCAAAGUACCACAACUGGAUGCAGGACCAUGGUCUCCUCCAGGCCACCGGCUCCGAACCCCUUUCUCUUGAUCAGGAAUACCAGAUGCAGCUCUCUUGGACCCAGGACCCUCUCAAACGCACUUUUAUUGUGCUUGAUAAGGAAUUAGUAGAGGGAGAAUUUGUUCAUGGGGAUCCUCGUGUUGAAGCAAUGGUUGGUGACGUGAAUAUUUAUAUGAAUGACUUGGAUGAUAUGCAAUUGGCAGAGAUUGAAAUAAUGAUAGCUGAACCGAAAAGCCGGGGUAAAGGACUAGGCAAGGAAUCUGUCCUGAUGAUGAUGGCACAUGCAGUGCAGACUUUGGGAGUACACAUGUUCCGUGCUAAGAUUGGAGAGUCAAAUGGAGCAUCACUUAAUUUAUUCCGUAAACUGGGCUUUGAGGAAGUUUCAUACAGUGAAGUCUUCAAAGAGGUGACACUGGAUUUUCCGGUGACAAAGCCCAAGCAAGAGGAGCUUCUGGAUUUGAUUGGUAAUGUCAUCAUUCAUACAUAGCCUGGAUUAAUUGUAUGUGUUGCCAAUAAAGGAAAUUCAUUAAAUCCGCAAGAAUUGUUACGAGAUACAUCAUGCAAGGUUAUUACCAUAUCAUCUUCUAUAUGUUCCGUCAUAUUGGAUGGCAAUUAACUUUUGAUUUUAUGUAAUGUAAGCACCGACGAUCCCCAUUGGAUUUGAAACUGAUGUUGAAAUAUGAAAAUAACCAAAUUCUCAGUUCCUAA